GGUGCCAAGAACCACCGCAGGGUGUUUGCUGGGGUGGGUUGAGGACCUGCCCCACAGCCACUUUCAGAGCAGCAGCUUCUUGGGGACCACGUUGGAGCAAGGUGAUUUCAGAGGCGUCCCCAAGAUGAACCUCCUCACCCAGGUGAACACCCUGGUGCAGACCCUGCGAGACCCAGAUGGGCCGUUCCUCCAGACCUGGCGCUGGCUGUGCUCUUGGGUGGGCAGCUCCAGGCAGGGAAGUCCCAGCGUCCCCGCUCUGCCCCGCACCACCCAUCUCACCCCUGGCACGAGAGGGCCAAACGUGGCACAACCUGCCUUUCCCUCAGCACCCAUGGGUGCUCAGCACCUAGAGGAGAGGACCCUUCUCGCAGGGUUUCCUCACACAUGGAGACCCAAGCUGGGGAUGUCACUGGGAUGGGGAAUGAGCCAGCGGGUCAGGGAUGCUCCGGUGUCCCCGGGGGCACCGGAAUCACCAACGGGUCCCCAGGGGGUGGCCGGGGCAGUGAGCACAGCGGCGUUCUUCCUCUGCGAGGGGCUGCUGGGCCAGCACUUCGAUGUGGUCCCCGAUGGGAUGGCCCAACCCCAGCCUGGAGACCUCUUCCUGUUCCCACUGGCCUCCGGUGGGCCCGGCUGGUGGGGCGCCCAUGCUGGUGUCUACUGCGGUGACGGGGAGAUCAUCCACCUGGAAGGCAGCUUGGGGACGUCCCCACUGGGGAUCGUGGCCAAGCACAGCAAGAGCCACCUCCUGCGGACGCGGGGUCCAGCCAAGGUGCUGCGGAGGAAGGGAGGGCUGGAUGCGGCCUCCCUGCAGCGGCGCAUCCGGGCGGCCAUGGACCAGGCGGUGGAGUACGACGCCAUCACCUGCAACUGUGUCCACUUUGCCCUCGCCCUGCUGGGGCUGGGACAGCUCGCCGGCGCUACAGUGUUUCCAGCGCUGCAGUGAUGGAGGCGACGAUGCGCCCCGGCGUUGAGUGGGGCUGGAGCAUCCUUCCCCGGGGGACAGGGAUUGCGCC